AUGUCCUCCGAACGAAGACGCGCCGAAAUCGAGGCGAAGCGAGCCAAACUAGCCGAGCUUCGCAAUGCUCGCGAGGCGCGUCGAAAGGCAGAAGCAGAGCGGCGGGGUACAGACGUCCGUCCUUCAACGCCCCCACGUCGCGAUGUCGAAGACCUCGUCGAGCAGCUCAUCGGGCCUCGUGGUACUGUGACACCCUCGCCGUCGGUCCCGGGCACGCCUGCGCCGAAGCGCGCGGCGCUGGGGCAUGGGCGGCAGAGCGACAUCGGGACCGCGACGUCCGAUCGGGAGAGCAUGGGCACGACCUUCGUCGACUUGCAUUCGAACAAUGGGACAGAGAAUAUCAUGGAACGGCCAAUGACCCCCCGCUACAUGGACCUGAUCGACGUCGAGCAGGAGCUGUUCGAGCUACCUCCUCGGGUGCCCUGUGCAAAGGAACGUAUCAUCUACGAGAAGGAAGUACAGACAAUGGCAAUCGAGACGGACGAUGCGGGCUUCGAUGAGGAAGAGAUCCGUCAGCGCGUGCACAAGGAACGCGACGCGGAGGCGGAACGCAUCGCGCGCGAGAAGGAGCUUGAGGAAGAGAGCGUGCAAUUGGAGAAAGAGCUCGAGGAGGAAAUCCGAGAGCUCACCGAGGACGAGCGAGCAAGCAUCCUUGCAGAGCCGGAAUUUCAGGACUUCUUGGAGCGCUCGUCGAAGGUCCUUCAACGCGCUCUCAACGAUCAGUACGAUUAUAUCCGCGAUUAUACCAUCGGUGCUGAGUCGGGAGGCGAUGAGUCCGAGGGCAAGCGUGUCAAGAAGGUUUGCGAGUUCUUUGACGAGCGCUACGUCAAGUACAGGUCCAUCACCGACAUUGACUGGUCACCUAAAUACCCCGAGCUGGUCCUUGCCUCGUAUAACAAGAACAACACUGUGAUGAACGAGCCCGAUGGCAUCGUCGCCGUUUGGAACUUGCACAUGCUCGAGCGGCCCGAAUUCGUCUUCCACUCACAAUCUGAUGUUCUCUCCACCACAUUCUCUCCUUUCCACUCCAACCUCAUCUUUGGAGGCACGUACUCAGGGCAGAUUUUACUAUGGGAUACGCGCUCAAAGCACUUGCCCGUGCUCAAGACUCCGCUAUCGGCUGCAGGGCAUACGCAUCCCGUCUAUGCUAUGCAGAUGGUCGGCACGCAGAAUGCGCAUAAUCUCAUCACAAGCAGCACGGAUGGUACCGUCUGCAGUUGGCUUGUCGACAUGCUUGCUCAGCCACAGGAAACCCUCGAACUCAUCCACGCCGGCCACAAUAAGACCGGCGAGGUCGCCAUCACCACCCUUGACUUCCCUGACAAUGAGACGACUACCUUCUGGGUCGGUACCGAGGAGGGUAACAUCUACCAGGCGAACCGGUACGACCGCGCGGGCGCGAAGGCCGGCCUGAACCAGUACGACGUUUACAAGGGACACGCCGCGCCGAUUAUGGGUCUGCACUUCCACCCGCUCUCCGGACCGGUCGACUUCUCGGAUUUGUUCCUUUCGUGCUCGAUGGACUGGACGGUGAAGCUGUGGCGCGCGAAGGCGCUGGCGAAGCCGUCGACGACGCCGCAUGUGAUCCAGCCGACUUACUCGUUUGACGAGACCGACGACUAUGUGUACGAUGUGCGGUGGCAUUCGGCGCACCCGGCUGUGUUCGGGACGGUGGAUGGGUCGGGGCGAUUCGAUGUGUGGAAUCUAAAUGCGGAUACGGAAGUUCCUGUGGUGUCGACGCCUGUGGGCACUGGACGAGCGAUUAACAAGCUGCGGUGGGAUCGCAAGGACGGACGGCGCGCGGCGAUGGGCGGCAGCGAUGGGAAGCUGUACAUCUACGACAUUGGCGACAUGGCGCUCUACCGCGAGUCCGAGUGGACGGAGAUGCAGAAGACGGUGUCGGGCUUGAUGGGGACACCUCAGGCGAAUGGGAUGGACGUAGAGGCGGCGAAGAUCGUUGCGGGUCGCUGA